AACUUUCGACAGAGAAGCACAGAAUCGUCUUUGGCUGACUGUGGAGAGUGCAAGGAAAAAAGGCCAAAAUCCUUACUUCAGCGGAUCCACCUGCCACGCCCCCCUCGGUAGCUGUCACGCUGCCUCGCUCUGCUUCUCUCGGCAUUAACGAGAGACAGGUGUCUUUGCUUACCGAAUCAGAAUAAAAGCUCUUAUUUCCAUCUCAUUCGUGUCGGACCUACUCAAUGGCUACGGACAGCGACCUAACGCAAGAUUGCCAGCAUUCCCAGCUGGUUCUGUGGAUUACUCUCCUUCUGUGGAUUACUUUCCUCUAUCGGACUAUAUCGGCGUUUGAGGACACGACCCGUGUUCGGCUCGUAUACUUUUAAUAAACAAUGAUAGAUUUACUUCCACAUCCGACUCAUGGCACCCUGACAGAAGGUCUGACCGAAACUGACAGAGGGAUUGCCCUGCCACGAGGGUUCGGCAGCCAAACUCCGCUUCAGGUUUUACCCGGAAGCUCGCUGCCGCUCCUCGUGGAUCAUGCUCGCCGGCUCCGAAGCAUACCUUCCGGAGGGCCCUUCACACCUCCUAGUCCCUCUGAAGGCGAUUGCUCGCCCCUGGGCUCCUCAGAAGGCGACGUCUCGUCCCCGAGCUCCUCCGACGGCCACGUCACUCCUCUGGGUUCCCCUGACUGUGACGUCUCGCCUCCCAGUCCCUCUGACGGCGAUGUCUCCCCUCCGAUUUUAUCUCCAGGUGAUGUCACGCCUCGAGGUUCCUCUGAAGAUGACGAAGCACUCCCAAGUUCCUUUCAGGGUGCUAUUGCACCUCAAAACUCCCUCCAAGGUGCCGAAACACUCAAAGAUCUGUCCCAGUGUGCUGUCGCGCCUCAAACUCCUGCAGAGGGCAUCGUCAGACCCCCGUUUCUGCUCCAAACUUCCGCAGAAGGCGUGACUCGGCCUCUGGACUCUGCCGUGGGCGCUGCUCGGCCUCUGGGCUCCACCGUGGGCGUCGCACGGCCUCUGAACCUCGCCGUGGGCGUCGCACAGCCCCUGGACUCUGUCAAGGCGGAGACCUGA